UCCCUGUCGGACUCUGUACUGCCGGCGUGUUCACAAUGCGCGUUAAUGGUGUGUAGCUUGCAGCGGGUCAUAUAAAAUACUAGGCAGCACCAGCAAGAGGCGCAACAAAAACCCACGGCGUCUUUCGGAGUGGAGUGCGACUAGAUCACAGACCGGGGCCGGACGCAAAUGAGCAUGUAUAGCUGAUAUUUCAUUCGUUACUUAAUUAUGACAUUGUCCCACGUCUCCUGCGGAUUAGUUUCUAUGUAAUCUUAGUAGCCGUCUCCUUGUAUUUUAUUCGAUUAUAAGUGUAAAAUUGCUUUGUGGUCAGAUGGGGAGUGAAGUCAUUUUUAUUAGGCAGUUGAACGGCUUUUCUGUUCUGUAAAGUGGAUAUCAGCAUGCUCUUAAACGCCAAAAGAGAGAAAGCAGUGGAAGUUUAAAAUCAGAGAGAUGCAGGCGACGAGUUGGUGCGCGAUUGUCCUGCUAGCGCCCGCAAUCUGCAUGGUUUUCUGUACCAGAUCAUCACUUCCUGGGAAGUCAGUCCUUCUUGCAGCAGGAAGCCCUAAGUCUACGUUACAGCAGAUAUGGGCAGGAAGCGCUAAGGACUUGUCCAUCAGCCGCCUCCUGUCACAGACUCUCAGUGGAAAGGAGAAUGGCAGUUCCCUGGACCUGCAGUACAAAACACCACAGCCUUACUCAGAACAGGACUUUUGGGACUGGCUCCGGAACUCCACGUACCUCCCGGAGUCCCGAUUCCGAGCCAAGCGACGUCCCAUCGUCAAAACCGGGAAAUUCAAGAAGAUGUUCGGCUGGGGCGACUUUCAGUCCAACAUAAAGACAGUGAAGCUGAACCUGCUGAUCACUGGUAAGAUCGUGGACCACGGCAAUGGGACGUUCAGCGUCUACUUCCGGCACAACUCCACCGGACAGGGGAACGUGUCCGUCAGCCUGGUGCCGCCCACCAAGAUUGUGGAGUUCGACGUGGCGCAGCAGUCGGUCAUCGAUGCCAAAGAUUCCAAGUCGUUUAACUGUCGCAUUGAGUACGAGAAGGUGGACAAGGCCACAAAAACCACGCCCUGCAAUUAUGACCCAUCGAAGACGUGCUUCCAGGAGCAGACGCAGAGUCAUGUCUCGUGGCUCUGCUCGAAGCCCUUCAAAGUCAUCUGCAUCUUCAUCUCCUUCUACAGCACCGACUACAAGCUCGUGCAGAAAGUCUGUCCGGACUACAACUACCACAGUGACACUCCGUAUUUCCCAUCCGGCUAACACCUCAACGGUGAAUGCGGAUUAACAGCAAAGUGAAGCGUCUGCCAUUCUACUGUCCAGAAAGUGUCUGCGAUAGAACAGAAGUGUGUAAAUUAAGUGUAAUUGAUUAUAUGACAGUAAAUAUUUAACUGUUCAUUUUUACAAAUAAAGGAACACGAUGACAAGGGUUACCUAUCAAUGUGGAAAGAUCAAAGAGAGCUAAAAUGUUAAUACUGGAAGCUUUCAGUUACAUAAUUCCAUAGCAAAUGUAUUUUGUUUCAAAUUAUUUUGGUAUAACAGAAUUUGCACAGCUUUAUUUCCUUACUCCAGACAGCUUCUUCAUAUGUAUUUUUAUUAAAUAUUCUUAUGAAAUUCAUUCAUCUUUUUACAUCACACAAUCAGUUUUUCAUCUGCCAGUGCUUGGUAUUUCCAUUGCAUAAGCUAAUCGAGCUUUUUCACCAGAUAAAAAUUUUGUGCCUUUAAUUUUUCUUUGAUAAUAAAAACUUUUAUAAUUGUAUAGUCGUAGCAAAGUGAAUUAAUACAUCAGGGCAAGGUAUAAUCAGAAAAAAAUAAGUUUAGGGUUGAUUGUGUUGUUAUAUUUUUGGUUUAUAUUACAUCAGGAAAACUAUUUAUUAUUUUUUUUUUACUGGUGUUGAAGCUUGACACAAUUCAUGAGUGUCACAAAUCAGCCACGAUGUCAUUCAGCUUGUCCCCGACUUAUGGGGUCCGUUCCGAAAGUAGUAAGUCAGGGGUGGGGUAAUCACACUAACUCUUAGGCGGGAGAAAGAGGCGGGGAGAUGUGUGUGAGGCUGAGAUGGUUGUAUUGCCAUACAGUACAGCGUUUUCCCGUAACACCUAGCAGUGCACAGUACAGUACAGUAUGCAUUACAGCAGCAUAACGCUGCUAGACGAAUGGCUGCCUGAAAUUUAUUUUUACAUAUGUUAACUCAAAAAAAAAAAAAAAAACUGUUGUAAGUCACAUAGAUUGUAAGUCGGGGACAGUGUGUGUCAGUGAGUCCACUAGAAUACAUCUACCUGCAUCCCAUAUUCUCAAAACAUCUCAAAUCAAACUUCAUAAGACACUGUGCAUUCAAAGACAGAGUUAGGCGAGUAAAAUCAAUAGGCUGCAGUGGCGUGAAUUCCUUCUCGGGAGACCAGUCUGCGGUGAGAACCUUCCCAACAGGCAUGUUUUACAUAAGACAAAAAUACAGAGAGAGAUUGUCCUCUCAGGCCUUCUGUAUUAUGGUUUGUGAAGUUUUAGCUUCAAGUGUUGCGGCGCGUUACUUUCCUUUCCCACCGGCCCAUUUCUGGGAUCUUUUGCUGGCUGUAAAUGUGAUAUAUUACAUACCCCAGAAGUUAAUUUAUAUGAAUGAUUUGUAAUGUACAUAAUUUAUUCUGUCCACAAUGAGCUGCUUCUGUUGAUGUGCCAGUCUGUCUGGUUCACCCCUGCCUUCUCUUAGCCUCUCUCUCUCUCUCUCUCUCUCUCUCUCUCUCUUUCACCCCCCUCUCUCCCUCUCUUUCUCUCUCCCUCCCACCUCUGCUUGCUCCCGGUUAACAAAAGCAACGUUUUAUUAAUGUAGUAUUCAAACAAAUUAACUAUGUACAAAUUCAGUAAUACAAUUGAAAUAUGUUUAAAAAAUACUUGACAUAUGUGUGAAUGGGAGAGAUGGAAUGUAUAUAUGAAUAAAUUAUGGAAAAGAUGUUUUUUUCUCCA